AUGCACUUCAACUUCUCCAUCAUUGCCGUGGCCGUCGCUGCCAUGAGCGUCGCCGUCGAGGCUGUCCCCGCGGGUGGUCGCAACAGGGCGGGAGCCAAGCAGGGUGCCAAAGACCACGCCGGAGACGUCUUUGGAGGCGCCACCACUGCUGCUGGAUUCAUCCCAUCGACUGCUGGCAAGCAUGUGGCCCACAACUGCUGCGUCAACGACGGCGGCUGGCAAUACAACAAGCGCGCUCAAGACCUUACCGUCACUGUGUGCAAGCAAUUCUCAAGCGCCCAGAUGUACAACAACGCUUGCACUGAGGUUGCUGGAUCUGGUCCCAUCUCUGGUGAUGCAUUCUACAACGCUUGCAAGAACCUGGCUCCUGGUGACAACACUGUUGGCGCUGGAUACCGCGCUACCUGCUAA